UGCUUUUCUUUAUAGCGGUGUUUUGGGGAUUUUUUCCUGUGUUUAUUGCAAUAUUCACAUUUCCUCAAGAAAGAGCAAUGUUGAAUAAGGAAAGAGCAACAGAUAUGUACAGAUUAAGUGCUUACUUUGUGGCUAGAACUACAAGUGACCUUCCAUUAGACCUUGUAUUACCAGUACUCUUCCUCCUAGUUGUUUACUUCAUGGCUGGUUUGAGACUCAGUGCAGGACCCUUUUUCCUUAGUAUUCUUACUGUUUUUCUCUGCAUUGUGGCAGCUCAGGGACUUGGACUUGCUAUCGGGGCAACACUGAUGGACUUGAAAAGAGCAACGACCUUGGCUUCGGUUACUGUCAUGACUUUCAUGUUGGCUGGUGGAUUUUUUGUAAAGGUAAAUUUGCUUAACUCAUAG